AUGGCCCUUAUAUCUGAUGCACUCUAUGAGGGGGAGUACGUUCAAGUAGAUCCAAGCAAUGCACCUUGUGUGGAAAACCUUCAAGAAGUCACUCAGUGCCUCCAAAAGAUAAAUAGUCCCCAAAUAUUGGAGCCAAUAUGCAGCACAAUGUCUCCAAAACCAAAAGGAUCCAAACGGGAUCAAAAUUUUGUUGGAGAGAACUUCUUAGAUAUGCCUCAUCACUAUCCAGAACCAUGGUGUCGUUCGAACAAUGGGUGGGCACUAGCAAAGGGGCAAAUUUUGGCAUCCCCAAGGAAGUUUCCGGUGAGGGGAGGUGCAGCUGCACCUCCUUGCGCCUCUGUGGAUCCGCUAGUGCCUGCUACAACGGCUCUCAAAAUCUCAAGGACGGCCCUGCUUACUAUCCGUACUUCUUUGCAGGCUUAUAACUAUCUGUUCUCCUACAUCUGGGCUAAUGAUAAAACUGUCCAAAAUGCUCUUCACGUUCGAGAGGGAACAAUAAAGGGUUGGGAAAGAUGCAAUCAGAGCUUCUCUAGCAGUUAUGCACAUGAUGUUAGAACUAGUCUUGACUAUCAUCGAAACCUCACCAAGAAAAACCUUAGAGCACUGGUAUACCAAAGCAUAUACAAGGAAAGCGUACAGUUUGACAUAUGCGACUGUGAAGGCAAGAAGAGAAAAUUAAUCCUUCCCAAUUAUGUUUCUCAAGAAGUAAACAUUGGAAAUUAA